AUGGAGAGGUUGAUCCUUUGCGAGGGAUUCUUACUCAUAGCGCUAUGGUUGAUCCAGCCCUGCCAUGGAUUCUACGAAGUCAAACCACACAUCUUCACCACAAGAAGUGGAUUCGUCUACUUUACGUGUCCUGAACAUUACUGUGGGGCGGGCGGGAGCUGCCGGCCGAAGACAAACAUUGUGGAGUACAUCCCGUGUUACUGUGACAUUUACUGCGAGCUGCUCCAUGACUGUUGUCUCGAGCACAUGCAGGAGUGUACCCACGGAAUAGGCAUGGUACUCCUGCUAGCCAACGACAUCCUGCAUUACAAGGAUUACUAUGGAUGUGCCGAAGUUGGCUACACAUCUGUGACAAAGUGUCCCGAAUCUGUGAGUGGAUAUGUAAAAUCAGCUUGCGAGGAUGAACAACCUUGCGAUAUCUAUAAACGCAUCCCUGUUGUUGGUAAUGGUGUGGUCUUCAGGAAUCUGUACUGCGCCCAAUGUCAUGACUUAGGUCUUAGCAAUAUCACGACAUGGAAAGUCCAAAUCAGCAAACAGUCUAUACAGGAUGUCCGUUUAUCAACCGUAUUCAGAAUAUUAUUCAGCAACACUAACCAAGGACAUAAUAUUCGCGGUGGAUUGUGUACGGAUUUCAAGGCUGUCCCUGCCGAGCCUACCACCUACUUCUUAAGGGAAUGUUCAUAUAACACCUACAAGUACAAUCACUUGGAUAAGGUGAACCAGAGUGAAAUCAUCUCGACUUGUGAUCCGCAUCUCCGUAACAGCCUCAAGGAUUACUCAGUUCUUGACAAUGAGUGUAUGUUGUAUAAUGCUAACGUCUACGCGCGGAUACCACAUAUGACUGGGACGGUCAGAUUCAAGAACAUGUUCUGUGCAAAGUGCAAUGGUAUCAAGGAAUGGGACCUAUUUUGCCCCCCGCCAAUCAGGGUACACCACCCUCCGAAACUCAUUCAUGAUUUCAGCCCAGAUAUAGGUUCCGACUUGUUUAUUCCACUUGACUCGCUGAUGAACCUUCGCCAAGUAAGGCGAUGCAACCCUGGCGAGUUAUUUGAUGAAAACACCAAGAUCUGUGUGUUCCUUCGGCGUUGUGACUUAGGUCACGUAGAGUGGGAGGGUAAGUGUGUCCGUGACCCGUUCGACGAGGCAUAUUCGCCGCCUAUACUCGGAUCCGGUGAGGGCAGUCUCCACUUGAAUAUCACGAUACACCCAAAGUUUACGAUAGUUUUAUCCGAUGACGAUCUCGAAGAGAAAGACAUCUGGGGCUCGUCUUUGCUUCCUGCAAUAAUCGAAAACCUAUACCUGGAAAACUUUGAAUACUUUGUGAAAGAUAUCAAAGAGAUCAACGUGACCUUAGAUUCCAAUUUGUCAGAUGAAGUGGUUGGCCUUCUGGACGGGAAGGAGAUACAAUUUGGUCCAAACACUACAUUCACUGCUUACAUGAGUCACUACAAAAUGUCUCUCAUCGAAGUGCAGAAGCUUGUCCAUCAUAUACAAUUCUUUAAUGAAAGGAAACAUCAAGUCAAGGUUGGUUAUAGGGUAUUUUCACGGGAUGUCAUCUUCCCUCUUCAGUGCGAAGAAGGAGAGGUUGUUUAUAUUCGGAACACGACAGAGAGCAGACGAUAUUUAAACACAAUGAGGAGCGGGUUUGACUUUAAGAAUCUCACGUGGUUUAUGAACGAAACGGACAUGUACGUCGUCGUCUGUGACAAGUACGCCAGGAGAUUCUCAAACUGUCGUCUCACCAAUCACAGCCUUGAUAAGUUUGAUGUGAUAUCUGGUGAACUGAGGUUCAAGGCAUCUGGAAAUAGACUCAAGGAAAACGUGAUCUUUGGCAACUUUGUGUUCGGAUGUUUUGAAGAAGGGAAGAUAGGAGUGAGUUUAGCAAGAACAGUGAUUACAGUCGCAGGGCUGUCUCUCUCUCUUCUCUGCCUAGCCUUUACGUUAUUGACCUACUGCGUGUUUGCCAAUCUCCGAACGCUUCCCGGAUUACUGCUCAUGAACCUGUGCACAACUUUGGCAUUAUCUCAGCUGCUUUCCUUAAUUGCAAUAGACAAGACCUCCAACCCGAAUGCCUGUGAAAUAAUCGCAAUCAUUAUCCACUUUUUUUGGCUGUCCACUUUCUUCUGGAUGAACGCGAUCGCGUUCAACAUGAUGUGGACUUUCACAGCCAAACUCACUCCGAUUCGGGAGCACCCAAACUACAAGGCUUUAGUCCUCUACACCCUCUACGCUUAUGGUGUUCCAGCUUGUGUUGUGGUCAUCUCAAUCUUGCUAGAACAUCGGGAGCUGUUGGCAAUAGGCUACCGACCAAUACCGGCAUAUACGAAACUAUACUGUUGGCUCAGUGAAGGAGAUGGCGUUCUCUACGCCUUCAUCAUCCCAGUUGGUCUGCUCACAACUUCGAACAUCAUCCUCUUCACCAUAACAUCGCUGUCCAUCUUCUGGACAAGGAAGAUUGCCCAGCAGGCGAAAAGGGACCCUAAGAACCGCCGUCAGUUCAUGAUCUACAUCAGGUUGUCCUCUCUCAUGGGGUCCACCUGGAUUAUUGUGUUCGUUGGCGUAUUCUACGGACAUGUUGCUAUUUGGUGUCUGCUUGACUUGUUCAAUAGUCUCACUGGAGUGUACAUCGGGCUCGCCUUUGCUUUGACCAAGGACGUUCUGACCAUGUGGAGGCCAACUGGUAGUGCAUCCACAAGUCAUAACAAACGAGGCACUUCAUCAGAGAGGCUAUCAACGGCCACAUAUGAGAAGAGGAUCUCCUUGGCUAUCUCAACAUCAACGCCUUUAACUUUAAUGGUGGACGGCCAUCUACUAAAACAACUCUAACAAGCAGAACAUGAUUCAGUUCAGUUUACUCUCACACACUUUUCAUUUCAACUGAAGUUACCAUUUAGUGACUUGACGUUCUGUCUAUGGCAUGCAUUACAUCCGUUCGGAAUGAGAAUGACGACGACACUCUCGCUUUUACAUUCCAUAGCCGCAAAACGAUCAGGGCAUAGAAGCUCGUACAGAGCAUUAAGUGCAAAUAAUGAUGAAUUGCUUUCUGUAUCAUAUGCGAUAGAUUGCUAUUAGGGACCUUUACUAUUUUGCAUUUAAUAGCAUUGCUUAAAUACAUUUAAUGUUUAGUGGAUUAGCUACGGCGUUUUGGAAAGAGAGCGAUCUCCUGGGUCAGUAGUGCCAGCAGCAUUUAUGCAACAUCGGCGAUUAAUGUAGCGUAUAGCAACCAUAGUAGCAUACAUCUAACAUGCUUGUACUGCAGAAUAUUUCUACCAAACCACCGAGAUAUCCGUCUUGCUCAUUUAGCCGUUAUGCGUCCACACCAGUUUACUCCUUGAAGAUGGGCCUCCGGUAGACCCUACCAUGUGAUGACUCAUCCAGGUAGUAGAAUAUCGCAUUUCCUGAUGCACUAGGAGAACCUCUACCUACAGUACUCUAGGAAUGAAUGACAGGUGAUCUGUGCACACACUCUUCCUUAUAGUCGAGGCCCACUUUAAAUGUUGUAAAUGGGAGCGUGUUUCUGUUUUCUUCCGUAAAGAGAAUCAGCGGCUAAAUAAGACAUUCUAGUAGGGAUUCCGCGAUCCACAAGUCUGUAAUCAUUUGAAAAAUCUCCUGGUCUCAGUAAUUACCAAACUGCUGUUAAAUCACAAGUGUAAUACAGUGAUACGUGUAAAGUAAAAUGAAGAUGGAAAUGAAGUUUUAAGCCAAGGAAUCUGUAAUGCAUCUUCGAAAUGCGGAGCGGAACAAAACACAUAUGUGGUUCUCCCAUUAUUAGUUUUGAAUAAUUGAACAGACAGCAUAAAAGUUUUGGCGGCGUCCGCAACUAAGCGAAUUAUAAACUAAUCUAGACGACAAAAAGCGCAAUUUGUUAUAUUCAUAAUCAUGUUGACGAUGAAUCUCGCUUGAUUUUAGAUGUCAUCUUUUUUCUUUGGUAAUGCCGAUGUUUGAGCGGCUUGUAUCGUAUGUUGUUGUAGUCAAAAAGUUGAUCGUAUUAUACGUAUUGUAGGGCGAGUGCUUGGUUAUUAAAUUAUCUGGCCUU